GAGGAGGGACCGGACUCCGGAGCCAUCACCCUCGUGGCUGACAGUCUGCGACGCACACAUGGGGUCGUCUGCGUCCAAGGCUGCCCUCGGGGCGACCACCGAUGAGCCCACAGAACCGGAGGCGAAACACCUGGCGGACCUAAUACGGUACAUAAAUGGAACAAAUAUGAGUGUUGAACAUUUGGCUGAUGUUCUUUCUAAGAAAACCAGGAGCAGCAGCUGGGUGGUAGUGUUCAAAGCCCUGGUUACUGUACAUCACCUUAUGGUGCAUGGAAAUGAGCGUUUUAUCCAGCAUCUGGCAUCUAGACACUCUUUGUUCACUCUACACAACUUCCUGGAUAAAAGUGUCAUAGAAGGCUAUACUAUGUCAACCUUCAUCAGACGAUAUAGCAAGUUCUUGAAUGAGAAGUCACUUGCAUAUAGACUGAUCACAUCUGACAUCACCAAAACCAAGAGAGGGGUGGAUGGUAUGAUGAGAACUAUGGAUACAAAACAGCUGCUAAACACUCUUCCAGUUAUUCAAACUCAGUUUGAUGCUCUUCUUAAUUUUAAUGCAAAUCCUGAUGAACUAACGAAUGGUAUAGUACAUGCUGCUUUCAUGCUCCUCUUUAAGGAUUCUCUUCGCCUCUUUGCAGCCUAUAAUGAGGGGAUCCUUAAUUUGCUAGACAAAUAUUUUGAUAUGAGGAAAAACCAAUGCAAGGAAAGUUUGGAUAUUUACAUCAAGUUCCUCGAAAGAACAACCAAACUGGUACAGUUCCUGAAAGUUGCGGAGCAAGUUGGAAUUGACCAGAACGACAUUCCAUAUCUUACACAGGCACCCCACAGUUUACUUGAAGCACUAAAACAGCAUUUAGCUUCUUUGGAAGAGAAAAAUAACAGUUUGCUUCCUUACAGUCUCCAGCAUGCAUUGAUUCCCUCUAUCCCAAAUAAUCCAGUUGUGAAAGCUUCAGCAAGCAGCGCUUGGUUUGCAGCCCACAAACCUGUUGGAGCCAGACAGCAAUGUGGAAAAAUCAUAGCAAACAAUCUGGAUGGCUCACUUGCUAGCCUUGUAGGAACAGAUCUUAACCUUGGAGAAAGCCCAGUCAACAAAUCAGACAUGAAGUGGCCUCAGCCUUCAGAGAUGGAAAUUGCUGAUGGAAUGAAGUGGCAGUUGAAUACCUACACCUGCACAUCAACCCUCUGGAAACAUAUUUCUAUUCCUUCUGUUCCCCACAUGGUACUGCCUCCAGUGGGCUAUCCAGUGACUUCACAGCAAGUGCCUACGUAUAGAACGGUUCAAACUCCAAUGGGAGCUCCUUCCCUGAUGGCACCUCAACCCAUGAUUCAUAUGCAACCAGGCUUAAGCACCAGCAGCUCUUCUGCUCCAUCCACAAGAAAUUACGUUCAAACUCCAAUGGGAGCUCCUUCCCUGAUGACACCUCAACCCAUGAUUCAUAUGCAACCAGGCUUAAGCACCAGCAGCUCUUCUGCUCCAUCCACAAGAAAUUACGUUCAAACUCCAAUGGGAGCUCCUUCCCUGAUGGCACCUCAACCCAUGAUUCAUAUGCAACCAGGCUUAAGCACCAGCAGCUCUUCUGCUCCAUCCACAAGAAAUUACGUUCAAACUCCAAUGGGAGCUCCUUCCCUGAUGGCACCUCAACCCAUGAUUCAUAUGCAACCAGGCUUAAGCACCAGCAGCUCUUCUGCUCCAUCCACAAGAAAUUACACACAAUCCAUGUAGAAGUACCAAAGCAGAAAGGUUCAGAUUCAGAGCUGAACAAAGGUGAUGAUCUCUCUACAGCCUGAACUGAAUCAUCCACAACUUCCAAGUAAAAUAAACAUUCAUUUGAACAUUCAGUACUGUUGAGAUUCUUCAAUUCAAUGUUUUGGAGGUGAUACAUUCUACUUCUCUUGUUUUAAUAGUUAUCCUUGAAAUGUUACCCUGAAAAAUUAUCAAAUUAUCACCCAAAAACUAAAGUUAGUAUCUUAAUCUCCCCUCCCAAAUAAC